AUGGGUCGGCCGAAGCCUCGCCGCGCGUUAAGCGCGAGUCGGUUUCAAGAAGGCUCUAUGAACGACAGGACUUCUGCUGCACCGCCGGUUCAAUUUCUGGGUCCCGAAGAGCUUGCCGCCCUUGAGCGACCUGCUCUUACACAUAUCAAAUCCAACACCGCUCGGCCGAUGAGCGAUGACUUCUCUGACAAACAGGUCAAGAAGGGAAGGCUCCUAGGCCAAGUUUGGGAUGAAGUUCGAGGCCGAUUGGGAUUUAGGAGGGACAACGAAGAUGACAAAGGGUCCAGGAAGAGGUCGCGGAGUCGCAAGCGUGAUCAGGAUGACCAGCGCGGGAGAGAGAGGGAAAGAGAAGAUGUCCAGAUGACGGAUAUGCCAGAUAUGAAGACUGCCAUCGACCCCCCGAGGGACGACAUGCCUAGUCGAGAAGAGAUAUUGGCUAAUUAUCACCAUCUGAUGGCGUCUGGCUUUUUCUCUUCUCACGCUAUCCAGUCUACUCGCCAACCACCACCUGGCUCUGUUCAACAAGCAGCCCAGCAAUGCGCCGCUCCUCCGGCCAACCUCAUGGAUGCUCUGUCUCGAGCUCCCACGCCUGGAGGUUCAGUUCCUCCAGUACCUACUCACAAACCACCCACGCCACCUGGAGAGCCCAAGUCGCCUUCAAAGGCCAGGUUCCCUCUCAAACUGCAGUCACCCCCAGGCAACCCGGGCGCUGCCACCUAUGACGAGCUAGUUGCAUCUGGGUUCUUCACUCCUCCACUAUCGGCAGGCACUUCACCACCGCCGACUCCCUUCGGUGCUGCCCCUGCUCCAGCAGUACCUACUGGCAUAAUGUCGCGAGAUUAUCUCCAGCCACCUCGGCAGACGAGAGGCUCAAGAACGGGUACUCCUUCGACUUCCUGCGCAGCCUCUCCUAUUCAGUCGCCAGCGAGUGUCUCAUCUAGGGGAACUAAGCGAGCUGCAGCGGACUCCAAUUCGGACGACGAAGCAGAGGGUGGGGCUCGCGAUCCCCCAACUCCCAAGAAGAAGCUACGCAAGUCUUCCUCUCGAGACAUUGGCUUGCCAAGCUUGCGAAACGUUGCGUCUCGUCGUAGCCUGCUUUCUUCUCGACGUAGUGUAUCGGGACCUCAUGGAUCUGGCGCUGGCAAAGACUAUAACAAUCUUGCCCGCCGCGUCCUUGGGCGUCUACCUAGGGCUGGCGGUCGGAGCUCUUUCGACUCUGAACGUGGGCCAGCUUCACGACCUGGUUCUGCUGCUAGAAACAGCACUGAUGAGUCCAGAUCCCCGUUGCAAGAGGUUCAAUACUCCCGAGUCCUGCGUUCGCGCAAGAUCUCUGUAGAAGAGCCUCACGGUGUACCGGGUGUUCACAGGGGCAUCCCCAUGGUGCCCGAUAUUCCCGAGAAGUUUGCUUUGCACAACAACGCCGAGAACAUGGCCCCGGCCUUGCGUUCUCGCUAUUAG